GUUACUCCCUUCAUCUUCAAGCCACAACAACAACGCCUUUUUAUUUCAACUUUUACCAUCCUCAAAUAACCUAAAUAAUGUCUGGUCGUGGAAAAGGUGGCAAAGGACUCGGAAAGGGUGGUGCGAAGCGUCAUCGUAAGAUUCUUCGUGACAACAUCCAAGGCAUCACGAAACCUGCUAUUCGUCGUCUCGCCCGUCGUGGAGGUGUGAAGCGUAUUUCUGGUUUGAUAUACGAAGAGACUCGUGGUGUCUUGAAGAUUUUCCUCGAAAAUGUUAUUCGAGACUCUGUGACAUACACUGAACAUGCUAAGCGGAAAACGGUGACUGCACUCGAUGUCGUCUACGCUCUUAAGCGAUCGGGUAGAACCCUGUACGGUUUCGGUGCAUAGACAUUCAAUUUACUUCUAUACCUCGUUUUGUAUUACCCGAUGUGCCAUUACUGUACUAUCAUAAUGUUAUUGUUUCCUGUUCGAG